UAUAGAAAAGUUGGUUGGAAGUUAGAGAAAAUAAGUUGGUCUUUUAAGAGAGUUGUGGGCUUGGACUUGUUUCUCAUUGACUCUGUUUUGGAAUUUGUUCAGAAUCAGCAGUGAGCUACUUGAAAGUUGAAAAAAAAAAAAAAGUUUUGUGAUAUUUCCUGACUGAAAAGAUGUCUGAUUCUGGAGUCAAUCCACACUUGGAGGGAAUUAUUUCUGAUUUUGAAGCUCUGAAGAGGUCCUUUGAGGUGGAGGAUGUGGACACUUCAUCUCACUCUUCCCCCGGCUCCCGCCGGACAACCAACUCCCCUCACCGUAAUGCCAUGUCUCCUACCAGCAUCUACUACCGUGACUUGGGCACUGCCGCCAACAACAACAACAACCUCAACUACACCCAACCUCGCUCCAUCAUGGGUGGAGGAGGCUCUAAGACCCCCGAGCCUGUGUCACGCCGUUCCGAACUUUCCAUCGACAUCUCCUCUUCAUCCAACAAGCAGGUGGAUAACGUCACCAGCCCCGCUUCCACACGCUUUGUUACCAACAGCGCCCUGAAACGCCCUGAAGUCCUGGGCCACUCGAAGACCCCCGAGAUGAGCCAUAAGAGGGAGGUCACUUUUGCUAAGACGCCUACUGACUCCCCAGUGAUACGGCGCAAUGAGGGCAACAAUAACAACGGGACCAGCCGGACCCCUGAGCAGAAUCAUGCUCGCAAGUUUGAGCCCCCCAGUCCUGGGGAUGUACGUAAGCCUGAUAUCAGCAUCACCAGAGCUCCUCCAGAGAACAACGGCCACCACCCAGCAGUGCACCACCCACACCACCCCAACCCACACCACAAUACCAUUGUGACCACCUUCCGCUGCUCCUCACCUAACCAUGCUGGACGCAAAUCCCCCAACCCUGACAGGUCAGAGGUUAAUAUGAGCCACAGCAACAUGUCUGAGUCCGCCAAGCCCCACCACCCCAGUCCUCAAGGUAAAGGGGAGAAGACCCAUGGCAGUGACUUCAGCUACGUGGGCAUCGAUGCCAUCCUGGAGCAGAUGAGGAGGAAGGCAAUGAAGCAGGGUUUCGAGUUCAACAUCAUGGUUGUUGGGCAAAGCGGCCUGGGGAAGUCCACUCUGAUGAACACCCUGUUCAAAUCCAAGGUGAGCCGUAAAUCAGUUCAGCCCAACCCAGAGGAGAGGAUCCCCAAGACCAUCGAGAUCAAGUCCAUCAGUCACGAUGUUGAGGAGAAAGGAGUGAGGAUGAAGCUGACAGUUAUCGACACCCCUGGCUUCGGAGAUCAGAUCAACAAUGAAAACUGCUGGCAACCCAUUAUGAAGUUCAUCAAUGACCAGUAUGAAGCCUACCUGCAGGAGGAAAUCAACAUCAACAGGAAGAAGAGGAUCCCAGACUCCAGGGUGCACUGCUGCAUAUACUUCAUACCUCCCACAGGCCACUGUCUUAGGCCUCUGGAUGUGGAGUUCAUGAGGCGUCUCAGUAAGGUGGUCAACAUCGUCCCAGUCAUUGCCAAGGCCGACACACUUACCCUGGAGGAGAGGGACUACUUUAAACAGACGAUUAGAGAAGAGCUGCGAGCCAAUGGGAUCGAUGUCUACCCUCAGAAAGAGUUUGAUGAGGAUGCAGACGACAGGAUGAUCAAUGACAAAAUCAGGGAGAUGAUCCCUUUUGCUGUGGUGGGCAGUGACCAGGAGUACCAGGUGAACGGGAAGAGGAUUCUGGGGAGGAAAACAAAAUGGGGCACCAUAGAGGUUGAGAAUAUUGCACACUGUGAGUUUGCUUACCUGCGAGACCUCCUCAUCAGGACACACAUGCAGAACAUCAAGGACAUCACAGGCAGCAUCCACUAUGAGACGUAUCGUGUUCGCCGGUUAAAUGAAUCCAACGGCCAUUUCACCUCUCACCCCUCUGACCAUCCUGCUGUUGAGCCAAAAACCAACGGUCAGCCUGAGGAGCAGCCCAGCGCCCUGCAGGCCAACGGAGUUGCCGCCCAGCAUGAAGCCCUGUCCCAUGAGAUGUAGAGAGUCGUGUGUGGUGCCAAAUUAUGAUUUCAGGACACAGUCAGGCACAAAAGAUACACUCACACAUGUAUUCUGUUUACAUGAACAUGCCCACAUGCACAAAGACACAUACUUAUGCUGUGAAGACCAUUUGUAUUACCUAAAAGGACUACCUAAACACAGCUUUUAAUUUAUAAGGAGGUUACAAGACACAGGACUCAGAGUAAAUCCCAACAUUUUCCUGUUCCUAUUCCUAGGGCUGUUUUUUUUUUUCGUUAAUCUUUUCCCUCAUUACAGUUCGGAGCAAAAUCAUGUCUUCACCGCAGACCCACAUAUUGUACAGAAGUCCCAUUGUUUUAUUUUUUUUUUCAUCUGCUUGACUUCCCAAUGCAAUCUACAUUCAGGAUUGUUUACAAUAAACCACGGUGGCUGUCAGGUCAUGGAUAAACAAAACCAAAUACAUAGAGUACAUGUCUCAUUAGUCAGCUUUGGCCGUUGGAUUUAUUUUUAGAGCAUCCACUGAUUGUCAGGUCUGCACUGGAGUGCAGCAGCCCUGCAAGCUAGAUGUGAGUGACUAAACAGCGAAGCAAUAGACACAAGACUUUGAUCAGAAUCAAUCAGAAUGACGGAAAAAGACUAUCCAGGUGAAAAAAAAUCCUGUAGUUUACAGAAUACCUUUCCAGGAUCCUGAUUUGGCAAGAGUUUUAGCCAUGCAGGGCUGUCCAGAUGAGGAGAAACGGCAGCACAGCAUAUCGGAUGAUACGAGAUUAGCUCUAAACUAGAAAUAACUGUUAGUGCCACUGGCCUGGUCUGCUUUGUGUUGUGAUGUAUAGUUUUGUAUAGCUACUAGGGUUAAGUAGGGAUAAUUAGAUUAGGUUUAUAGUAUUGUGGAGGAAGUAAAGAUAUCGUUGACACCUCUGCACUGCAAAAGAAAAAAACAAAGCAAUGGCAGUGUGGAGCAGCUUUCGGAAAAAAUUAUUCCUCUGUUUUGUUUUUCCCGUUAUGUUUCUAAAACCCCUUUUUGCCAAAUCAUCCUGUCUCUUUCUAUAUUAUGCCAAUGUUGUGUAAUACAGUCAUACCUUGCAUUUUACAUUGCUCAUUUACUAUUGUAAUUUUAUUUCUGUUGUUCAUGGUCUAAUAUUAUUGUAUAAGAUGGGGUUGUGGACAAGUCUGUGCAACUGUUAUCCCAUGCAGCCAUUUUGUCAAUUUUGUAAACCAAAUAAAGUCCAUUUUUCUGUUCUAAAGAGAAGCACAUACAGUAUAUAGAGUUGAUUUAUGAAUAGGUAUUUAUGUGUAUGUUUAGUGUAAUCAGCAUAAUGCAACUUUCAUUCCAGGUGUUGGUUUCCAGAGGUUUGUUGCAGGAUUUAAACAGUGACGAUCUUAAAGGUUUGGACAGCGUUUGUUUUGUUGUUGCCUGCACUUAUACAGUAUGUCGUGCCCUGUUGGUUAGGCUCCACUGUAACUGGUGCCCAAGGAGUAAACCUGCUAGUGAAGUGGUCAGUAACUGUUCAUUCAAUAUUAAUAAUUACAAUUGAUCCUGCCAAUUAGUAAUGGUUAGAACUGUGAUAUUUACAUUGCAAGCUUAAAGCAUUUUGUAAGAGGAGGAUAUUUUACUAUUCACUGAACAAGAAUUUGUUCCAAACUUGAUUGAAUAACACCCAUAAAUUUACACAAAGCCACUGUAUUUUUUAAAAUUUGUGAAAAAUGUGUUCAUUUGUGCAAGCUCAAGGGGAUGUUUUAUUGAGGCUACAUCUAAAUUUAUAACAUUCUCAUAAUUUCCUAACAAGCAUAGUCAACAGUGUGUGUUUUGCCUCUUUAACUCACAAUAAAAAUACGUUCCAUACAUGCAAAGAGAAGAGAUAACUAUUGUCUUUUAUCCAGAGAAAGUUAUUGGGUUACAAUUUGUUUACUGUUGUAUAGUUCUUGUGUAAUUUGUUAUGGUAUUAUAGAUCAAGGUUUUAUCUUUGAUAUGCUAUCUCAAAGAAUAAAGAUUGAUAUUUUAUUGUUUAAA